AUGUCCAUUCUCAACGCUUCCAUCACUGAAAUUUCUUUCUAUUUGGUUGGGUUCCCAGAGAUGGAAUCUGCACACAUCUGGAUCUCCAUUCCCAUAUGUCUCCUGUACACUAUUGCCAUCCUUGGCAACUGCACUAUCCUCUUUUUUAUAAAAUCAGAGCCAUCUCUGCAUGAACCCAUGUAUUAUUUCCUCUCCAUGUUGGCUCUCUCAGACCUAGGACUAUCCAUUUCCUCUCUCCCUACCAUGCUCAAGGUUUUCUUGUUCAAUUCUCCAGAAAUUUCUCCUAAUGUGUGUUUUGCCCAGGAGUUUUUUAUUCAUGAAUUCUCAGCUAUGGAAUCAUCUGUACUUCUCAUUAUGUCCUUUGACCGUUUUAUUGCCAUCUGUAACCCUCUGAGAUACUCUUCCAUCCUUACCAGUGCCAGGGUCCUUCAAAUUGGGCUUGCUUUUGCUCUCAAGAAUGUUUUGUUGGUUCUGCCUUUCCCUGUAAGUCUAAAGCAUCUAACAUACUGCAAGAAGAAUCUGUUGUCACAUUCCUACUGCCUCCACCAGGAUGUCAUGAAGCUGGCCUGCUCAGACAACAAGUUCAAUGUCAUCUAUGGUUUAUUUGUGGCUCUCUCUGGCAUCCUGGAUAUAACAUUCAUUUUCUUGUCCUAUGCACUGAUCCUGAGAGCAGUGCUGGGCAUUGCAUCCCAAGGGGAAAGAUUCAAGGUCCUCAGUACUUGUGUCUCCCACAUUUGUGCUGUGCUCAUCUUUUAUGUUCCAGUCAUCUCCCUUGCUGUUAUCUACCGCAUUGCCAACCUUAGUUCUCCUAUAUCUAAGAUCCUCAUGGCUGACAUUUUCCUGCUUGUGCCUCCAGUGAUGAAUCCUAUCAUAUACUGUAUGAAGAGCCAACAGAUAAGAAACAUAAUACUAGAGAAACUGUGUCAGAAAAAAGGCUUACAAAGAUGCUUAAUCUCAUGA